AGAGGGGUGUCUUGUACAAGGGAGACUGUACCGUGACAAAGAUAUUUUCUCCAUACCUGGCCAGUCCCGUUGUCUGCGGUACAAAUGUAACGACGGAGACUAUAGCCUUGUGCAAGAAGGUAGGUCGGAGAGUAUACCAUUGUACAAGAAAUUAGGUUAUACCAUUGUACAAGAAAUGAGGUUGUAGUGUAUACCAAUGUACAAGAUAGUAGGUCGGAUUGUACGCCAUUGCACAAGAAAGUUGGUUGGGGAGUAUAAAGCACAAGAACAUAGGUUGAACCAUGGAUAUUAUACCAUUGUACAAGAUGGUAGGUCGAAGAGCAUACCAUUAUACAAGAAUAUAGGUCGGAGAGAAUACUAGUGUACAAGAAUAUAGGUCGGAGAGAAUACUAGUGUACAAGAAUAUAGGUCGGAGAGAAUACUAGUGUACACGAAGAUAGGUCGGAGAGAAUAAUAGUGUACACGAAGAUAGGUCGGAGAGAAUACUAGUGUACAAGAAUAUAGGUCGCAGAGAAUACUAGUGUACAAGAAUAUAGGUCGGAGAGAAUACUAGUGUACACGAAGAUAGGUCGGAGAGAAUACUAGUGUAAAAGAAUAUAGGUCGGAUAGAAUACUAGUGUACAAGAAUAUAGGUCGGAGAGAAUACUAGUAUACAAGAAUAUAGGUCGGAGAGAAUACUAGUGUACAAGAAUAUAGGUCGGAGAGAAUACUAGUGUACAAGAAUAUAGGUCGGAGAGAAUACUAGUGUACACGAAGAUAUGUGGCGUCAUAGCAGAUUAUUUAAAUGACGUAACUGGACCACCCAGUCGAAUGUAAUUAUUGGACCACCAAGUCUAUUGACAUGACUGGACCACCUAGACUAAUGACUUAACGGGACCACCUAUUCUAAUGACAUGACUGGACCACUUAGUCUAAUGACAUGACUGGACCACCAAGUCUAAUGAAAUGACUGGACCACCAAUUCUAUUUUUUUUAAAAUGAACCACCUUGUCUAAUGACAUGACUGGACCACCAAGUCUAAUGAAAUGACUGGACCACCAAUUCUAUUUUUUUUUAAAUGAACCACCUUGUCUAAUGACAUGACUGGACCACCAAGUCUAAUGAAAUGACUGGACCACCAAUUCUAAUUUUUUUUUAAAUGAACCACCUUGUCUAAUGACAUUACUGGACCACCAAUUCUCAUGAGAUGACUGGACCACCUAGUUUUAUGACAUGACUGGACCACUUCGUCUAAUGACAUGACUGGACCACCAAGUCUAAUAACAUGACUGGACCACCGCUAAAUCUAUCCGCUAAUCGUCGUCCGGUUUUUACCCGCGUGGCAAAUCUGAUAAAUAACUGUAGAUUUACAACAUUAUGUGUAUGCAGCUAUGCGCAUGUUACAGUGAAGUGUGAACAUUAAGCUGGCUGUAGGUGUGUAGUCAAUACAGAGUUAAAUGGGGCGCGUGGGUUUAAAGUUGAUUCGCUGUGUUGUUUAUUAAAUGAACACAUACUGUACGCUUUUCGUUUCAUUUUUUUUACAAUUUGUUUGCGCUAUCCCCAAUAUUUCUCGCUGUAAAUAAAUGUGGGUCGCGUGGAUGUCUUAGACACGACUGGACCACACGUCAUCCAACUUAUACACACAUGCUGAGAUUAUAUGUCCACCGCUACUUCCAAAUCAUCAUAGUUAGAAUAACAUUAACUUAUCUUCAACAUCUGUUGAACCCAUCUCAUUCCUGCCACCAGGUUGUGAGUUCAAUGGCACGUGUAAGCCUGUUGGUGCGGUCUAUACGCAUGACUGUUCAACGAUUCGCUGUACCAAGACCACAAGGAACAACCACUUUCAAUAUUUGUCAGCGCGCAUCGACCCACGUAAGUAAUCUUGUGGCGGGAUUAAUUUUAAAAUGGUGGAUAGAGUUGGGCGGUAGCGUCACUGGAGGGGUGUUGGGGGGGUGCAGACUACCUUAUGUGGCGUCCUCGUAUGGGGGGUGACAUCAAAACAGAAAAUGUAAAUUUAAAUUAGCUCGCGUGAGUCAAUUCUAGAAAUCAUUAUAAUAAACUGCAAGAGCCAUGGUGCCACCAGGUCAUGGUACUGCCAAAGCCAUGGUGCCACCAGCAUAUAGUGCCACCAGCAUAUAGUGCCACCAGAACAUGUUGUCACAGAAAUAUUGUCACCAGAACAUGUUGCCACCAGAUCAUGGUACUGCCAGAGCCAUGGUGCCACCAGAACAAGUUGCCACCAGAACAUAUUUCCACCAGAACAUAUUGUCACCAGAACAUGUUGCCACCAGAAAAUAUUGUCACCAGAACAUGGUGCCACCAGAACAUGUUACGGCCAGGGCCAUGUUGCCACCAGAACAUGGUGCCACCUUAACAUGGUGCCACCAGAACAUGGUACUGUCAGAGCAGAAUGCUCUAGUUUCUGAGCUAUGUAUGUUGCUACUAAUUAUUAAGUGCUACUUCUUUGCGCGACUUCUUUGGUACAUGUAUAACCAAUGCAAAUUUUUUAUUUCUCCAUUACUCUGGUAAAAUCCCAGUUGCCGGUCGACGGCGCCACCAUUCUAACUGCGGCUCUGUUGUAUUUUCCAGUGUGCAGAGACUACCAGGGUGCCUGCCACGAAGAGGAUGAGAUAUACCCAGAUGUCAAAGGUGGAGUUUUAUAUCCUAUGUGUUACUGCUCUAUCAGCGGCUCGGAGGGCAGGUCUGUGUGUUAUUAAUCAUGCCCACCAACUACCCCACAUCUCAGCUGGUCUCCGAUAUGGGAACAGUGACAACAAGGUGUUUGUUUGUUUCUUUCUUUGUUGUUGUUUUUUUUUUUUUUUUGCAUUGAAUACAUGA